CAAGAGUAUUCCCCAUUUCUCUCUGAAUAUAUAAUGUAAUUACUUCUUGUUAUUAAAUGUGAUAAUAAUAUAAUCCGGAAUGUGAAUCGUAUUAAGUUAACAGUGAGGUGAGGUCCAGGUUGCGCCACCACGUGCAUACCUCGCCCCAGGAAGCCACCGCCACGCUCCCUCCUUCAUCAGUAGCGCCACUCACUCAUCACACCAAGAAAUGUUUGUUUUAGGCUAAGGCUGACCAGUGAUACAUCUCAUUAAAACAAUGUAUCAGUUUGCCACCACAGAUAGUCAGUCCCGUGAUGACUUGCCACGCGCGAGUUCUCCCGUGAUGACUGAUGAUGAUGAUGUGUGGUGACGUCAUGAAUCAACAAAACCCUACCAUUAUCUCAGGUUGAUUGUCACCUGAAACCUUUUGUCACAGUUUUAAUGAUGUGAGAGUGAGCCACAAUGGGUCCUAAAGAGCGGGACCGUGGUGGAGGCGGCGGCGGGGGGGGUGGUGGUGGUGGUGUUAGCGCCGGUAGCAGCACCCCCUCGAUAACCUCCGAAGAAUGGCUCCAGCGCCUGCUCUCGGCCAUAGCCAAGAUCAAGUCUCAGAAGCAGCGGCCAAACCUAGAACGCAUCACCCAGACCAUGAGGCAGCUGUACACCGUGCCGCCCGACCUGGUGGUGACCAAUCUUCAGGCACAGGUGGAUGCGGGCACUAUCCUCUACAUCGAGAACAAAGGGAUAGAGUCGUACGCCGACCCCAAGAACCCGCCACUACGGACAGGGCGGGUGAGUGUCCGCACGCCCACGGCCAGCUCACGGGCGGCUGACCUGGUAGGUAAGGUGGUGCGGACUGUGCGGGAGCUGGGUACUGAGGGCGGCACGCUCAAGGACAUCACCACCCACCUUCAGAGUCAAGGCACCUCCCUCGACGACCCCCAGACACCCAACCUCGUGCGCCACGCCACCAAGCGGGCCCUCCAGCGGGGGUUCCUCGCCCAGAACGGCAAGCUUUUCACGCUCGGCACCCUCGCCAAGCACCGCAAGUCUACUGGACGACCUCCAGCAGCAAAAAAAUUAUUAGCGGUCGGUGAUGACGACGAUGACGACUACCUGGGCGUCCACGUCCACGACCGCACGCACAACUCCAACGACUCUCAGCUCCAGAACACCACAAUGGCUAUAUGCUGCGAGUGCUUGGGGACGGAGAAGAGUGUUAACGGCGGGUUUGUGCACUGUGGGUCCUGCGGCUCCUCGGUUCACCCCAAGUGUCUGCGUCUGGAUCCCUCCGCGUCCGUCAGAUUACAAAAACAAGGCUGGCAGUGCGAGGACUGUAAACCCUGCAUAGUGUGUCGGAAAACGGGGUCCGAGGUACUGGGCAGUCUUAUAUUAUGCAGCUCAUGUGAUGACGGAUAUCACAUGAGCUGUGUUUCACCUCCCUUAGAGCAACGACCAACUUCUCCGAGCUGGUGCUGCUCCCACUGUACCAAAGGGCCGCAAGGCACCAAUAACAAUAACCGUAGUAACACGGCCUCCCCCACGGGUAGUGUGCAUGGUGAGGGGGGGACUACCACCAAUAACAACUCUGCCGCCUGUAGGAAAGGGCGGGGGAGAUCACGGAAAGGCCUUCAAGACGCGACUGUAAGAAGUAGAAAAUAUAGCACCUCCUCGUCCAGUUCGCGUUCAAGGUCGGCAUCCCGAUGGCGGAAGAGGAGCGAAAGUGACCAGCGUAAGGACCCAGCCAGUGACUCAGAUGACAGUGAGGGUACGCAUGGCCAACUUGGCCCUCCCAAGAAACUUCCUAGUGACAAAUUAUCUAAAGAGAAGGCUAAGUUUUUCAAAAGAAGUUUUGGGGAAAAGGGAAAAUUUAGAUCAGUUAAGAGUGAAAUACGGGUGGAAUCUCACGGUAACGCGGGUAUCAGCGUGUGUAGGGCAACGAGAGACAGUGCCUCUGGGCACAGAAAGCGUGCAGACCUGGGUAGUGAGCUUAGCUCGAGUGGGCCCGAUUCUACUACAGAUACGAGUAGUAGCGAUGAAUCCGGUGCCGACGUGCCUGAAGCUAUCUCAAGAACUGUCAGGCACAAAGGUGAGGAAUGCCACUCCAUGUCCUGUAAUCAGGGAAGUAACAGUAUCCGUACAGGAACUAAGAAUUCUGCCAGAAAAUCUGAAUCUUUAAGUGAGGGCGAGGUAGACUCAGGAAGUGGCACGCCCCAUGAGGAGCGAAGUUCCUCAUCCACUAACUCCUCGAGUGCCAUGCUGGCAUCGGGACAUCUCAGGGGCCUGUUUGAUGGUCUUAGUCACUUGUAUACGCCGUAUGAUUCUCGCAAGAGACCGUUACAGGAAAGACCAAAGUAUAAAGGACCAAAGAAAAUACUCAAGUUAUCAAGAGAUGGGGAAACUUCACAGUGUGAUAUUGGUGUAGAGGGCGGGACAACAGUGACCAAUGGUGGUGAGGGGUCAAGACGUGGCGGUGAGUGUAGUGGUGCGGGAAGUGGGGGGAGAGAAAAUGGGGGGGCAUGGGCAACUUGGGCGGCCCAUAGGUGGUCCAGCACCAGUGUUGGGGCCGGCCCAGGUGGCCCCAGUGCUGUUCCGUCAACACUGGCAGGGGUCAACCCUCUGGCAGCCAACGUGGGCGGUGGUGGCGGCCAGGCUCAGGCAACGGAUGGACGCAAAUGGCGCAAGAUGAGGCCCGAGGGCUACAGCAGCCACACUGGGGGUCAGGAUGCAGAGGUGAAUGCUGAAGUGUUGCUCUCCCCGCCAACAGUGGAGAACAAGCUCACUAUGGAGAAGAUCCGAAGCACCCAAAGGCAGAGAGUGUCCUUGUUUCAUCCCAGAUCGCAUGUCAAGAGGACCAAAGGCAAAGGCAUGGAGAUGGAAAAGAACAAGACCACAGUACAAGAACGAGACCCCUUCAACAUGUCUCGGUGCCCUGCGAGCAUAGACUUCGGCCAGUACGACAUCCAGACCUGGUACUCCGCGCCGUACCCCCAAGAAUAUGCACGGUUAACGAAAUUGUUCCUGUGUGAGUUUUGUCUCAAGUACAUGAAGAGCAUCUCCAUGUUGGGCCGUCACCUAGAGAAGUGUGUUUGGCGCACUCCGCCCGGCACCGAGAUCUAUCGCAAAGAUGGUCUCUCUGUGUUUGAGGUGGAUGGUAAUGUGAGUAAAAUAUAUUGUCAGAAUCUGUGCCUAUUAGCUAAGCUGUUCCUGGACCACAAAACUUUAUACUAUGACGUGGAACCCUUUCUCUUCUACGUUCUGACCCGCAACGAUGAGAAGGGCUGCCAUCUGGUGGGCUACUUCAGCAAGGAGAAACUCUCCGCUCUUAAAUAUAAUGUUUCAUGUAUCAUGACGAUGCCACAGUACCAGAGACAAGGCUACGGACGCUUUCUCAUUGAUUUUAGUUACCUGUUAUCUAAACGAGAGGGGCAGCCUGGGACACCAGAGAAGCCCCUCUCAGACCUGGGUCGUGUGUCCUACACUGCAUAUUGGAAGUCUAUUUUACUGGAGUACCUGUAUCAUGUGAAGGACCACACCUCCUUCAGCAUCCAGGAGGUGGUGAAGGAUAAGGCCAUGUAUCCUGCUGACGUGGCGUACACUCUUAAUAUCCUCGGAUUUUUUAAGAGAGAUGUCACGGGACAGAUGGUGGUGAGCAUUGACUGGACAGCAGUGGACGAACAUUACCAGAAGCAGCUCAACAAUCCCAGGCGGCUGAGAUUAGACCCCGAAGCUCUCCGUUGGUCACCACUGUUGCCUGGACACAACAACUCUCUCCACCAAGACUCCGAUGAGGAGGAAGAAGAAAUACCAAAGGACAAGAAGAUAGAGGACAAUAAGGUUACAGAAAUCAGUAAAGUGGAAGAGACGGUGAAGGCAGACGGAGAAGGUAUCGGAGUGCAAGGCCAUGGAAGCUACCAAGAAGGAAGAACCGGUGGAGGAGAAGGCCUUGGCGCUCUGACGACCUCUGCCGUCAAGAUCAGUCGCCCGCCUAAGCUGAAGGGCAGCUCCAAACCCCGUAUCUGUAGUGAGUAUCAUGGAGAGUGUGUUGGUGCUGUGUGA